UUGCCUCGUGCUAUGUACUCCUUCGUACAAAGAGUGUACGUCCUUUCUCUCUCAAGAGGUUCUUCAUUUAUCAACACAGUCUUCUCGCAGACCCGGUUGAAGCUCGGCCGGCUGGGGUCAAAGGUGAAUGAUACUCCGGAGACCUGGGGGAAGCGUCCCUCGAGUCUGGGGUAUUGCGACACUCCAUUCUCCAGGGCCAGUAGCAGCUGCUCCCCGCUCACCUCCAGCUUCCACAAAGGAUCCACCAACGCUUCGUGCAGGGCGUCGGAGCGGAAGGUGCCCGAGUUGAGGAGAGCAAUCUCAGAGCGAGUGGACGACCUCAUGAUGUCAGUCACCAAGUUCCCCAGGUUUGUUUCCCCUGUCCGGAUACGACUGAACCUUCCCUCUAGAGCACACUCAAUACUG